CGUAUUCUAAGCCAAAUUACCUACAGGAAGGGUGAGUAUUUUGUCGCUUUAUUGAGGCAGACAUUCACAUGCUGCUGCACAGUGGGACAUUCUUGUUCUUUGGUAUUUACUGGCUCAAAACCUAUCUGGACUGGUUUGAUAAAGCGAAUAUUCCCCAGAUUUUGGACUUCUAAGCCUACCAGAUCUCUUUCCCUGCUGUCUUGAUCCAACAACAUGGGCAGUCCUUGGUUUACACGCUCAGACGAGCACAAUCAGUACAAUCAAGAUCACACAAACGGCUCGAGCAACCCAGUAGAGGUUGGUAUGGCUGCCGAGAGUAAAGACAUCUACCGGAAGAGCAGCUGGGACCCCUGGCAGGAGUGGACGGAGGAAGAAAUCGGAGUCGAUGGAAGAUCAUCCCAGGCUUCAGCCAAAUAUGCACUCAUUGUCCGCCGCGAGAAGGAACAUGGCGAAACUGAUGAAUCAGUCCUCUCGCUACAUUCUAUCACAGUGCAGAGUCCACUACUCAAAAAGAUUCUUGGUCCGGUCUUCGAAGGCUAUAAGGGCGUCAAUACUAACCUCAAGAAGCUCGAGUUUCAUGCGCCUUUUCGAGAGUUCUUUUAUAGAUGGGAUGAGUUUAAUCAAGCCGACCCGAAAAACGAUUCAGCUGAUUUCUCCGAGAAGUGUUCCCAUUACAGACUUCUGGCAGAUAUCAUAAAUGCCGAGAUCAAGCCGCGUAUUGAGCAAGCCUCGGAUCUUUUGAAUAACGGCGUCAUAUCGUUUGAUUAUGUAUGGACGCUCUUUGAGCCUGACAUCGAAGUCUACACCAAGGUUCAAGGUCGCGAGAGGCUGUUCAAGCUGAGCAGCGGUAAUUAUUCCAAGAUCUCAGAUGGAACAGUGGCAUACGUACUUAGUGUCCGGUUCAUCGACACCGAUGGGGACACCUUCGGAUACACAGAAACAAGCUUGACCAUAUUGCCUUUUGAGAACGUCACACCUAUCUUGGAGCUAGACGUUAUCCCGGCGCGGCUCUGUCCCGAUUUGGAUGAAGUCAAGGAGCGACUCGUUCAACGUGGUCGAGUAUUUAUGAGCUUGAAAGGCAUCCACCACAGGACGUAUUCUGGUAUGUACAGUCUGUCCAAUACAGCUUCGGGGAUUCCAAAGCAGCGGCAUGUGACAGACGAACGGAUCAUCAUUGACUGCAGAACAUUCUCAUGGUUCAAUCACGGUACAUCCGGUCCACUCCAGCCACUUCUAGCUGCGAAAGGCUUUGAGUUCCGUGGUAACGAUCGAUGCCAUGAUAAAUGGGAUGAUUCGUUGGCGUAUGGGUCUUUACCAACCAAAACAUACACCACAAGAGUUUCAAGCAAUGGUUCACAAAACCCACAUAUACCCAAUAAGAAACUCUCCGAAAGCCAGUAUGCCCUAUGUACGAACCUCGUUAGAGGGUUUUGCCUGAAAACUAAACAAUGGGGGUUAUUCGAUAUUGAGCUCGUCAAAGACGUGAUAUGGAGCUCAACUGCCUUUGAUCAGCUUGUACUGCCGCACGAUUACAAACGAAUCAUCCAGGCAUUUGUUGGUGCUCAAAUGUCUGGCUUAGACAAUUUUGACGAUGUAAUCAAAGGCAAAGGAAGGGGUAUUAUCAUGCUUCUGAGUGGAGAGCCGGGAACUGGGAAAACACUUACAGCUGAGUCUGUUUCCGAGAUCAUGCAAAAGCCCCUUUACAAUAUGAGUGCUGCCGAGCUAGGUGAUGUUGCGCAAGAAGUUGAGCAGAAGCUAGAUUGUGCUCUCGAGCUCUCAACAAGAUGGGGAGCAGUGCUUCUUCUCGAUGAGUGCGACGUCUUUCUCGAACGUCGAACUACCUCGGAUAUCAAAAGAAACAAACUCGUGUCGAUUUUCCUUAGACUCCUGGAAUACUUUGAGGGCGUCAUGUUCCUCACUACCAAUCGAGUCUCAGCUUUUGAUCCAGCCUUUGAGUCUCGAAUUCAUCUCACUAUUCACUACCCCAAUCUGGACUACACGAGCAGGUUGCAUAUCUGGAAGACAUUUGUUAACACUGGUACCGAUGGCAAUAGUCUUUCCGAAGAUGACCUGAACGAAUUGGCCAGUGUCGAGCUCAAUGGGAGGCAGAUUAAAAAUGUGGCCAAGACGGCAAGACUUCUUGCAACACACGAGAGGACUAAACUGGCUAUGGGUCAUAUCAGUACGGUUCUAAGAAUCAAGAAAGGGCUGGCAGGAGGUUUAUGAUAACUAAGCUCAAGACAAGGACUACCGGACCUUACUAACUCCAGAGAUCGGCACGUCUCGGUUCACAGUGUAGAGCCUUGCGAUUUCGAUUCGCUAUAAAUAGAUCCUUUCGUCUAGUGAUUAA